AGCUCAGCUGGAUGUCAGACCAUCUGUCAUCACACUUAAAAAUAACAUCAAAAAGUUUUUGUUAGACAUUAGAAAACUGCAAUUAGUUUUCGAUAAAAUUUUGUCCAUUUUAAAAUCCUUUGCCUUGAAGGACUUGGAAACAGAAAAUGUUCAGUCGCGCAAAAAAAGAACCACAAAAGAAACCGAGGCGUGAUUUGUCUCAGUUUGGAAUAUUCGACAUUCCAACGGAUAUCAACUUGGAUGGGGGUGCCGAUGAUGAUGAUACGGACAGUGAUAUGGAAGCAGAGUUGGCUGCAAUUACAUCUGGGUCUGGACAACCCCGUCGAAGGGCAAAACCAAAGCCUCAACCGGCAGCUGAUUUAGAUCGUAUGGUGGCGGAGAGCUUGCGAGAUAUUGAUUUAGAUGACGACGAUGACAUCGACGAAGAUGAUCCAGAUUUGUUGAACGAACUGUCUGAAAUAGUCGAACCAGAAGAAGCUGAACCGACUCUGACUUCUACACCGCAAGCACCCAGUAAUGUUAUUCUUCCGACCACAAAUUCUAUGCCGGAAUUACUAAAGGCUCGAAUAGAAAUGUAUAAAUUAGCCGAAGCUAAUGCUAAGGCAGCCAAUGAUUCCAGUAAAGCCAGAAGAAUUGGUAGAGGUCUGAAAACGUUGGAGACAAUGUUUAAACAAGCUUCCGCCGGCAAGACUAUCAAUCCCGAUGAAAUUCCGCCAGAAGUCGCUACUGGUGGAGCAAAGCCACCUGCAACAUCGAAUGAUACUAACGAAACACCAGUGCUUUCUCCAGUUCGAUCUGCUCCAGCUAUUCCAAAUACUCCUGCAGCACCUGCUUCACCGCCGGAACAAAUAACUUUCGAACCGACAACUGAUGAGCCGGCAACACCGGUUAAGCCGGUAAACAGUGAAAAGAUUGACCUACUUUUGGCUCGUCAAAGAGAAUACAAAUUAGCUGCGCUGACGGCAAAGAAGAGUGGCGACAUGGAAAAAGCUUUGAACUUCGUUAAAAUUUCAAAAAUGUUCGACACUGUGAUCAAGGCAGCACAGGAUGGGCAACCAGUUGAUUUAAGUGAUAUGCCGCCACCGCCCAAUGAAUUACAAAUUCUGAUGGAUACACCAAAACCAGCGGAGCCAGCAAAAGAGGAGUCACAAACACAACACUCUGCUGAGGAUCCACCGCCAGCACCAGCACCUGUCGAAGAAGCUGUACCGAUUCCAACUACUAUUCUGGAAGCUUUAACUCAACGUUUGGCCAAAUAUAAAUCAGUCGAACAAGCUGCUAAAGAUGAAGGUAAUACCAGCAAGGCCAGACGGUUUGGACGAAUCGUUAAGCAAUACGAAGAUGCGGUCAAAUUGCAUAAAGCUGGUAAGCCUGUGCCUUUCGAUGAACUUCCCACUCCGCCGGGAUUCGGACCGAUACCAGGUGUUGGGGCGCCCCAACCAGCGCCUGAAGUCGCACCAAAACCUCAAGUAGUGACACCGGCCGUUCCACAACAUCCUUCACCCCCGAAGCCAGCUCUACAGAAGCAAGAUUCUACGUCUCGAUUAAGUGGCAAUCAUUCCAGUACCACACUCAUGAACAAAACGAUAAACACGAUCUUGGAACGACAGAAAGAAUUCCGUGCAGCCGCUGUAGAGGCUAAACGUGCUGGAGAAAUCGAAACGGCAAAGGAAUAUUUAAAGAUAUUCAAAGGCUUAGAGAACUUACUGAAAGUGGCCCAAGGAGGCCUGCCAAUCGAUCUGAACACGCUUCCGAUUCCACCGUCGCAAAGAUCCAAUUUGGAAGAUUCAUUUACGAUUGUCGGCGAAGAGGAUGCAGUGGAUGAUGACAUUAGUGACAUCAGCGCAAGGAUGGAAGAGCAACUACACAAGCAAUUAAAAAUGUGCAAAACAACACGAGACCAUCACAAAGCGCUGGGUGAUGUGGCCGGCACGAAUCGUUUCGAAAAUCUAGCGCUCAGUGUUCAGAAAGAUAUUGACAUUUUGAAAAUUGCGCGAAGAAAUAAGAUGGCAGUGCCUAAAUUCCAUUACGAGAAGAAAGCGUUCAACAUUGUCAAGUGUAAUACGGAUCUGACCGAUAACGAAUUGGAGAUCAAUGUGAUACGGGGAAUCAGUUAUGUUGUUGCGAAUCCGAAAGAUGUGGACACGUAUGUCAAAUUGGAAUUUCCGUAUCCGCAAGAAACGCCAUUCAAAACAAAAACUCAAUUGAUCCGCGACUCAGACAGCCCCGAUUACAACGAGAAAUUCGUUGCCGACAUUCAGCCGAAAGUGCGAAAUUGUCAGCGGGUCUUCAAGCGACAUGCCAUCAAAUUCGAAAUUUACUCCAAAGGAUCCUGCUGUUCAUGGAACUGUUGUGACGUUAUCCCACUCUGUUUCAGUGGCUUUUUCCGGUCGGACACAUUGAUUGGAGUAGCAACGGUAAAACUGCAGCCAUUGGAAACGACGUGCGAGAUUCAUGAUUCAUUUGACAUAAUGGAUGGCAGAAAAGCAAACGGUGGAAAAUUGGAGGUGAAAAUUCGAAUAAAAAAUCCUAUUCUGACGAAGCAAAUAGAACACACGGAAGAGAAGUGGCUGAUUCUUGAUAGUUAGCCCGUUAGCCCCGAUGGAAAGAAAAAAGUUGUCGGACAAGUCACACACAAAAUUAGGAUUACUGUUUGAAGUCGCUGUUAUUUAUGUGAUCCGUUGCUUCUAAUAUAUUUUUCAUGAAAUAAACAACUGUUCGUUAAGCUUUGAUUGCCGCUCAAUUUA